UCCGUAUAUAUCAGCUGGUGCAUUGAUUUUUUUUUUUGAAGUGGAGUUUAUUUUCUAUUUGCGCUCAUCAACAUUGACAGGAAAUUUUGCAGUUAAUAAUUUAAGAAACGACCCUGAAAUGGUUUGUGUUCCGUGUUUCAUAAUUCCGGUGCUGCUGUACCUGUGGCACAAGUUCGUACAGCCGUACGUGCUACGCUUUUGGAACCCUUGGGAGAAGAAGGACAAGGAUGGCAACGUUAUCAAAGCUGGACCAGAGUUUCCAUUCAAGUGUGCGGGAGGUGUUUGCCCGUUCCCGGCCAAGGACAAGAACAAACCGGAAGUGCAAGCUGGAGCCGAUGGUAGCGGAAGUUGCACCAAUGUGGCUGAAGCUAGCCCGAACACGGAAGGAGAAACUAAGAAAAGCCUGUGAAAGAGUUGCCUACUUUUGAAUGAAUAAUGAUGUAUAUGAAUGCUUUAAUUUAAUAACCUGUUUACUAUAAGAAACGGUGCAAACAAAUUGAUGUAAAACAACAUAAUGUCUAUUAUUUAGCUAACAGUGAUUUAUUAACAAGCAACUUGGUAAUGGUGAUAACAUCAUUAACAA